GAUGCUGCAGAUCGCCGCGGAUCUUCAGACCGCCUCCUCUCUCUUCAACACCGGGCAGCCGGGGACCUACCAGCCGGUCCUCAGGGCGACAUACCCGGCGGGGAAACGUGCAACAUGCCCGCUGAGCAGCUCCAGCCGGGCCCGGUUUCGGUUUUUCCACUUCUGGUGGGAUUUACGUGGUCAAGCGGACGGAGACUCACGAUGGAUCCGAAGCGCAGAGAGCUGUAAGUUGGAGGUGUGAAACUGGAAAACUUCUUCUCCAGAGCAGAUUUUUUUUGCGUUUUGAUGAACAUGCUGUGGUGGAGGGACUCAGCCCGGGCAUCUGCUGCUGCUGCCGGCCGCAGCCGAGCACCGUGACCCGCAGGGGAGCGCGGCGAGGACCCCGGCAUUCACCCGGAGAGUCCCGAGAGGGAAAACUAAACAUCUUAGCUGCUGCUUUUAAAAUCUUCCCCACUGUGGAUUUCUCACUUCAGGCUCGUGCGUGAUUUCCUUAUCCCGGAGAUGCCAGCCGUCUGUGGUCUCCGUCCUCCCGUGGACCGGAUCGGGAUGGAUGUGGCGCAGUGAGGAGGCACCAGCCUGCGGAUAAUCACAGUUUGGACUUUUUUGGCUCCGCGCGUGCGGCUCGCGGCUCCCCCUCUCAUGCAGCUCCUCCGGCUGACCUGGGCUCUGACUGCCGCUGCGGUCUGCCUCCUGCUCCUCAUGAUCCUCCACAACCACAUCCUGAGAGAAGGUCAGCUGGCGGCGGGGACCUGUGAGGUCGUCACGCUGGACCGGGACAGCAGCCAGCCGAGGAGGACCAUCGCCCGCCAGACGGCCCGCUGCGCCUGCAGGAAGGGACAGAUCGCCGGGACGACCCGAGCCAGACCGGCCUGCGUGGACGUUGGCAUCGUGUGGACUCGACAGUGGUGCGAGAUGUCUCCGUGUCUGGACGAUGAAGGCUGCGGUCUUCUGGUCAAUCAGUCGGGCUGGACCUGCACGCAACCAGGAGGCCGAGUCAAGACCACCACGGUCUCCUGACAGCGGCGGUGAGGACACUCGUUCUGCAGAGAGAGAGAGAGAGAGAGAGAGAGAGAGAGAGACUGGUUCCCAUCGUCCAUCGGCCCCCUAUCAUCACCAAGGUCACCAGACGCUAACAGAGCCGAGGGCCGGGGCGCGGUCACUUCCUGCCUCAUGCUCGGGUGAACUGUGCAAUCUGCUGCCGGAAGUUCUUCUUCUUUCUGGAGGGAGGGAAAAACAGUCUAUUAUCCAGGAGACUUGCAAAAAAAAAGAGGAAUAUUAUGAUGAGCUGCUGGAUGGAUUUGUAUCGUCGUUUGGAGACAAAACUCUGUUUCUUUCUACAGACCAAAGAUGAACAGAGCCGACAAGGAGACGUUU